CGCCAUUUUGAUUCGAAAAUAUGACGGGGUUUCUUUCGCUGCCCUGAGUGCCCGUGAGGCCGGCGGCUCAGCUCUGCGACGGCUUUCUCUCCCCGUUUACUUGCGAAGGUAACGCGGGGCAGUGCGGGGGGGAGAAGCGGCGGCGGGUUCAGCAGGCUGCGCUGGUGCAGGGCGUUAGAUGGACGGACGGCCGUGCAGCUGCUGGGGGUGUUUCGACCGGCGAGCUCUGCAGACGCGCCGUGCCGCGCUUUCGCUGUCACUGUCCUCGGCUCCAGGACUCUGAAGGCAGAAGUCCCAUGCUGAUUAUUGAAAGGCUACGUCUGGCGUUCUGCAAUCUGCGAGACAAAUGUUUCUCAACCAGUGGAAGAGGAUUCAUUAAGGAUACAGUCAUUUUUACAAAGGUCUGCACGGCCAGCUGCCAUGUUCUGGAAGUUCGACCUGCACACCACGUCCAACGUGGACAAGUUGCUGGACAAGGAGGACGUGACGCUGCGUGAGCUGAUGGACGAGGACGACGUCCUGCAGGAGUGCAAGGCCCAGAAUCGCCGGCUGCUCACCCUCCUCAGCCAAGAUGAGUGCAUGCGGGAGCUGGUGGAGCUCAUCACUCGGGAGCCUCCGUUGGACGUGGAGGAGAAGCUCCGCUUCAAAUACUCCAACGUCGCCUGCGAGCUGCUGACAUCAGAUGUGAGCCAGAUCAAUGAGAAGCUGGCGGGGAACGAGUCCCUGCUGGAGGGGCUCUAUGGCUUCCUGUUGCAGCAGCCCCCCCUCAACCCGCUGCUGGCCAGCUUCUUCAGCAAGACCAUUGGCAACCUCAUCGCUCGCAAGACUGAGCAGGUCAUCGCAUUCUUAAGGAAGAAGGAUGAGUUUAUCAGUCUGGUGCUGAAGCACAUCGACACCUCUGCCAUGAUGGACCUCCUCCUGCGGCUGAUCAGCUGUGUGGAGCCAACUCCUUUGAGGCAGGACGUGCUCAACUGGCUAAACGAAGAGAAGCUCAUCCAGAGGCUGAUGGAGCUCUUACGCUCUGGUGUCGAUGACGAGAGGCAGUCGAAUGCCUCGCAGACACUCUGCGACAUCAUCCGCCUGGGUCGUGACCAGGCCACACAGCCGCAGGAUGCCGUGGAGUCGGACCCACUGCUCGGCACGCUGGAGUCUCAGGAGACCGUGUCGGAGCUGCUGAGGAACAUGUUCGAUGGUGUCAAAAGCGACACCUGCAUCGUCAACGGCACUCAAGUGCUCCUCACGCUGCUGGAAGCAAGGAGGCCAGGGGUGGAGGGCUUGGUGGACCUGUCUUCUCAGGGAUAUCAACGCUCUUGCACUGUCAGUAGCAGCAUAUUAGAUGCUAUUGAACCUCAUCUGAAAGACUUCCAGCAACUUCUCCUGGACCCCCCCAAGAAAGCCGCCAUCCUGACCACCAUCGGGGUGCUGGAGGUGCCGCUGGGGAAUGCGCGGCUGCAUGCGGCACGCCUGGUGGCCUCUCUGCUGCAGUGCUGCACGCUCGCCAUCAGCCAGGAGCUCUGCCGCCUGGGCACUGUCGACCUGCUGCUCGAUUUAUUUUUUAAAUACACCUGGAAUAACUUCUUGCACUUACAAGUGGAGCUGUGUGUGAUGGCCAUCCUGAGCCGCUCUGGGCAGGAGCAGAAAGAGGAGGUGGAGGUGGACAAGGACAAAGGGAUGGGGGAGACGGCCGAGGCCUCGGGCAGCAACACCCUGGUGGCUCACCUCUUCCAAAAGUGUCGUCUGGUGCAGAGGAUACUGGAUGCAUGGGAGGAAAACGAGAAAAUCCAAGCUGAAGGUGGCAUGAGACGAGGAAACAUGGGCCACCUCACUCGAAUCGCCAACAUCGUGGUGCAGAAUCUAGAGAAGGGGCCGGUGCAGGCCCAGAUCGGCGACCUCAUCAAAGAGCUGCCUGAGGACUGUAGAGGGCGCUGGGAGAGCUUCGUGGAUGAGACCCUGACAGAAACCAACAGGAGGAACGCUGUGGAGCUGGUCAGCGCCCACAAUCUACACUCCUCCAGCGAGGACGACGACAUGGAGAGCCCUUUCCCCAAUGAGCUGUCCCUCCAGCAGGCCUUUUCAGACUAUCAGAUCCAGCAGAUGACGGCCAACUUUGUAGAUCAGUUUGGGUUCAAUGAUGAGGAAUUUUCAGACCAUGACGACAAUAUCAAUGCCACGUUCGAUAGGAUUGCGGAGAUAAACUUCAAUUUAGAUGCCGAUGACGAGAGUGCUAACUCCGCUGUGUUUGAGGCCUGCUGUAAAGAAAGAAUACAACAGUUUGAUGACGAGGAGGAAGAGGAUAUCUGGGAAGACAGAGAGAUCAACUAUGCAAAACAAGUCCGUUCGAGGACAAGAUUCGGGGUCUCUCUCACCACGGAAGGCUCCUCCAAGGCCAAGGUGGAGAAUGGGGCUCGUGAGCACGGCCCGGCCCCAGGUUCAGAUGAAGAUGACGAGCAGCUGGAGCCCAGUAAGGCAGCCACGCAAAUGGAGAACACCAAAAACAAGAUCCCGGGAGACCAGCAGGCCUGCUCUCCAGAAAGCCCGGGCUGGACGGCUAACUUCGAGGACCUGGCAAAGGAGCCCAGCCCCUGUGUGGCGGUGGACGUUGGCUCCAGCGUGUGGGACUCGGUCGCCCCCCAACAGAACUCAGCCGGCUCCGAGGAAAAAGGCUGGGCCAAGUUCACAGACUUCCAGAGCUUCUGUUGCUCGGAGUCUGGCCCUCGAUGUAGCUCCCCCGUGGACUCUGCGAAGAACAGCUCAGAAGGACGUUCUCCGCAGAACCAGGAUAAGAGCACCAAGGGCUCCUCCCCCUGUGCAUGGAACGUAUGUGGUGCCAGAAAGGCCCCCCUCGUCGCCUCCGACAGCAGCUCCUCUGGGGGCUCGGACAGUGAGGAGGAAGAGGAUUCGGGCAACAUCGUCACGGAGACCAUCACCACGGGUGCCGGCAAGGAGACGGUGAAGCUCAGCGUGGAUGCCAAAAGUGAGAAGGCGGUCUUCAAGAGGGUGUUUAAGCCUGCAGAUGCAGGUACCGAUGUUGACUCCCUGCCCUUGGACAAGUUGGCCGUCACGGACGGGCCCCAGAGGGCUGCGACUGACCCGCUCGGCACCACCACGUCCAGCAGUGCCGGGGAUCUCGCUGUGACUGGCAGGAAAGGGGAUGCACCCCCGUCAGCGGAGGCCUCUCUGAACGGACCAGCCUGAAGCAUCAGGACAGGUCGGACCUCCUCUGUACUGCUUCCAUUUUACUCCAGGAACCUCGAUACAACUCUUGUGAUUAUAAAAAAAUAAAUAAAUAAAAGAAAUUGCUGCGAUGCUGUUGCACCCUGCCAAUCAGGACCAUUAGAGGAAGGGGGCGGGGCUGCCUGUGGGAUGAUGGGUAAAGACUGAAGCGUGGAGCGAACUUAAACAAAUGAAUACAUCUUGCAGAAAUGUCUUUUUAGCCAGUGUUGAAAUUGUACUGUUUUAAUGUAGCAGUCAACUUCUGAUGAUAGUUUCAAAGGAUUCAACGUUUUCUUCAUUUCCUGGAAGAUCUGACUCUCUCCAUAUAUAGAUAUAUCUAUCAUAUAAUGUAUCAUUUUGCAAAACUUCAGCUGCUCCUUCGUCCCAUCGACAGUAUUGUCUGAGUGACCAGUAGCACAUGGGAGAACUUCAACCAACCUUGAAGCACCUGGAGAGCCCCUCUCACCGGACUGUCACUUACAUCAUUACCUAGCCCAAAUUCUGAAGGUCUCCUCCCCCCGCCGCCCAUCACAGAGCCGUAAUCCAGUGACUGCUACCCGGGUCCUGCUCCAGCACCGAUCACUGUUUACCACGUGUGUGUGUUCUUAGAGCAGCUGGUUCUGAGGCACCCCCCCACCCCCACCCCAGAGCGCUAGACGUUUGUUUUACUGCUGGAGCUGUUCAUGGGCACGUCACAAGUCCGAAACAUACGGCUUUGUCAGCAGCCACAGCCGUCCCUUUCUGGCCUGUCCUCGGCGCCCCCUGCUGGUCGGCCGGAGAGGUAGCACAAAGACACGAGUCUGAUGGUCUGUGUGUGUGUAAUAUGUAUCUUGAGUGUCCAUAUAGACAUGUAUUAUACAAAUACAGGCAUCUGAUUUCAUCUGCAUUAAUUUAACAUUUCAUUUACCCCCCGCCCUUAUUCCAUAUUUAUUUUUCUAUAUAAAUGUUGAGAUUUCUGCAGUAUGGCUCUGAGGCUGUUUUGAGUGUUAACCUGUACAGUUUUUUUUUUUUUUUUUUUUUUUUUUUUUAAAUUAAUGUAAUGAUGAUACUCCAGUCCUGGGUGAUGAUGGCUGAAAGCCUGAUGCUCACGCACCCAGGGUGCGUCAUGUGAUGGCAUCCAGAACGACAGGCACAGGGACCUGAAAUACCACAGUGGCUCAUCCCGUCUGCGGCUGCGUCUGUUUUCUCGUGGGUCUCAGAUGUGCUUUUGGUUGCUGGGUGAAGUUGUGGUUCCACUCGAUGUUCAUAUCCUCGUCAUCGGCACAUUCAGCUCCCUAUGAUGAGGUGUCCUGCUCAUCCUGCUGCCCCGAGACCUGGAGACCCAAGGAACGUGUGCUGGUGGAGAACAUGUCUCUACUCCCCCCCCAGAUUACAUACUGUGUCAUGAGUUUAAUUGAAACGCCCCAGAGAGGCAGGGCGGGUAACAGCAGGCUCCGUGGGGCCUCUUUACUGCGUGGCCUUUUCUUUAUCCUCUGCAUUGUCGAUGCUCAUAUAAGCUCAUGUUCCCCAGCACUUUUCUGAGCCCUGGAGACCGGCCUGGAGUUGUCAUGCAGCCCCAUCCCCAUCUCCAAAGGCUUCCAGUAAAAGCACAGGCCCAAUCCUUCUCGGGACCCUAAUUUGAAUAACGUUAGUCAUCUUCCUUCCCAAUCUGCCAGGCUGAUGAGGGCCCCCUUGUGGCCGCUGGACCCAAAGCAGCUGCUUAAUUCUCGUAUGCCUUGUGCUGGCCCUGUACAUGGCUGUUCCCCUGAAAGUCUGUCCUACCGCCUUGCGUGUGUCCUCUCUGCUGCCAGCACGUCAGCGCUCAUGACCUUCAGGGUCCAGGGGUCCUUUUUCAUUUUUUAUUUAAUUUAAGUGGAAUUUCAACACACAUCAAUGGAUGUAACCUGAAUAGCACCUUAUGAGCGUACCUGGGGCGUGUCCCCAUGCUGUGGCUUUCCUUUAUUGUAUGUAAAUGAACUAUUUUUUAUGGAAAGUAAAAUUACAGGCAAAUCCUGCAUUUUGCAGUACGAUGUUCAGUCAAAGGCAAUAAUGUUCUGAUUCAGCACGAGGGCAGGUUCCUAGCCGGAAGGUAAGAUGACAUUCACAAGACAUCUACAGAAGCAGCUCCCGUUGCUGGCAGCCGGCGUCACCCUGGGAAGAGGAAAGCUAAUUUUGCAGUUUGAUGACAUUACAGUAGCUUAUACUUUUAAAGAAAAGCCUUUUGUGUGGGCCCAGCCCUGAGUACAUCCCAACUGCGGGCUGCUCCUCAGUACUCUGAAGAGGAUUUGAGCUCUGAAGCAUGGCUGCCGGCUUCUGCUGGCGCUGUGAUGUCCCCGGAAAAUAAACAUUACUUGCGAUCCCGUGCCCCAUGCUGUUUGGUCAUUCCAUUUAGCCUGCCUGUAGCUGCUACGUCUGACGGUCUGAUCCACGCCUUUCCCUGCUAGAAAUGAUUGCAGUCUUCCUUCGUUAUAACAAUGCCCAGGAUACCAUCAGCUUGGCUGUCGUCUGUGCUGUUGAAGCCGCGUCUGGAGUUGGCUUUCUGCCCACUCAGCCCUCCCCCAUCCCAUAAUCUAAAGCCUUAUGCCAAAGCAUUUCUCAGGGUCCCUUAGUGUGGGAUUCAGACCGCUCGGAGGAUGAGGUCCUGCUCACGUGGUCUGGUCACCAUCUCUUCUGCAGGUGAGCUAUGACUUUACGCGUGGCCCUGUGCCAUCCUGCACUCAGCGUGAGCGCCACCCCCCCGGCCUCUCCUCUUAGCUUUGUGACUUGUACCUGUAGACGAAUGUAUGUCCCUGCGUUUGAGUGAAGCUCUCAGUCCCGCGGCCGGCAUUCUCACUGCGCCGCGGGCAGGCGACCCGACCGCGAGCAGAGCAGCUUAGUGAAGGGCUACGCGCUGUGACCACGGAGGGGCCCUCCAUGCACAUCUCAGCACCCCCUACAGGUGGACGCCCACACGACAGGCGCGCACACUAACAGCAAUGCAUGUGUGGCCGUGUGGCCUAGCGUCACAGGAAGCCAGGUCUGCCUCGCGGUGUCUGCACUGUCACAUUUAUAGCGGCCCAUCCAAGACGAUUUCGAAGCGGAGCCGUGGGCGGAGUCUAGUGGCCUCGUCAAGCUGACAGACCCUGAGCACCAGGAGCCCUGGGUAGCCCUUUACGAAGACGCUUCAGCAGUAUCCAUAGUGGAGUUUGUCCUACUUUAUCUUUGUACGUACUGUAUGUAUGUAUGUAUUCACACAAGGCACAAACACACAUAUGUUCUGCCUUCAAAGUCUGUGCGUCCAGUUCCUGCGUCUGAAGUCUCCCACUUAGCCAGAAGCUUUUUUUGUAUUGAAAUACUGAUGCUGGUGGUUUUCUUUUGUAUAAAUACAAUACUGUACAUGUUAUUGGUUGUCAAAUUUAGGCUGUAAAUUCAAAUAUUAAAUAAAUAUUUCAUCCAA